AUGAACACAUGCGCAAGCGCUCAUUUCCGCCUACACAUGGUUUUUGUGUGAUUUUCAUAAUUUUUUUCAACUCGUGGAUGUUUCACAAUACAGCUUUGAAGAUUUCAAACACAGACUUUCACAGUUAAAGGGUAGAUGAAUAUGUCAUCUCAGAACUGUGCAGUACAAGUUAAGAUCGAGCUGGGACAUCGAGCCAAUGUGAAGAAAACACCCAGCCCUGAAGGAUUCACCCAUGAUUGGACAGUAUACGUCAGAGGUCCAGAAAACUGUAACAUCUCCUACUUCAUCGAGAAAGUAGUCUUCAACCUGCACCACAGUUUCCACAAUCCAAAGAGAGUGCUGACUGAACCACCCUAUGCAGUGCAGGAACAGGGUUAUGCUGGUUUUGAGCUGCCAAUUGACAUUUACUUCAAGAACAAGGAAGACCCUAAAAAAAUUCGGUUUAAAUAUGACCUCUUUCUGAAGUUAGAGGACUGUCCACCUGUCAAUCAUAUCCGAUGUGAAAAGCUCACUUUUCAAAAUCCUACAGAUGAAUUCAAAAAGAAACUUCUUAAAGCUGGAGGGGUGCUUGUUGGACCAACUGGUGAGCCAAUGGGACAAAUGGGAGAUUUUGGUGAAAUUUUUGAUGCCCCCAUAAGCCUGGAUGGCAGCAAGAAGCCCAAGUCAAGUAAUUCUAGCAAGGAGAAAACUAGUAAAGAAAAAUCAAGUUCCAGCAUUAAAUCAUCAUUCAAGUGUAGUGCAAUACCUGGGACAUCAUCAGCAAUUUCCAAAGAUGUAUUAGGCAUUGAAGACCGAAAGGACAAAAAAUCACCCAAGGAGUCUAGCCAGCAGAAACGUUCCCAUGAAUCCUCCAGUCUUGAAGGAGUAAUCCUGCAAAAACGUUCAAAUGAACCUUCAAGUUAUGAGGGGAUAAGCCAGCAGAAACGUUCAUAUGAAUCUUCAAGUCAAGAAGGGGCAAGUCAGCAAAAGCGUUCAUAUGAAGCCUCAAGCCAAGAUGGUGCUGUGAUGAAAAAACCCAAACGGCUGUCAUCUGUUUCUUCACCUUCAGAGGUCAAGGUCAAAGAAAAACAUAGGUCAAGUGAGAAAAGAAAGCAUUCAAAAGAAAGAGAUGGAAGUAAGAGUUCAAAAGAUUCACACAAAGAUCAUCAUCGACGAGAGGUAGAUUCUCAGGAGAAAGAUCCAAGAGAGCGUGAUAAAGAGAAAUUGAAACGAGAACAUAAGGAUAGAGAUGGAAAGAAAGAUUUGUUUAAGCACAGAAGUUCUAGUUCAGUGACAGAUUCACCAAAUCCACAAGCUCACAAGUCUAAUAGCUCUGAGAAAAAAGAUAAACAUUCAUCAAAAACAUCGUCAGACAGUUCAAGAAAGGAAAUUAAACAAGAUGAUCGAAAGACUGAGAAGAAAUCUGAUUCAAGUAAAAGUAAAAGGUCAGAGAACAGUCAUGUUAGAAAAGACAACAAGGAUGACAAAUCUUUAUCUACAAGUAAAAGUGGUUCUCUGAAAGUGGACAAAAAGGUCAAGCAAAGUUCCAAAUCCUCUAGUAAAGUCCCAGACACUAUAAAGAGACCGGGUAUGUCUACUCCAGAGACAGCCCCUCCAAGGAAGAAAUCAAAGGUCGAGGAACUGUUCUCAUCAUCGGAGGAUGAAUCAUCUGAGGAUGAAGAUGAAGAUGUUGUGAAGGCUAUUAUUGAGAAUGUUGAAAGAAACAUCGACAAAAGUGAGUCAAGUUCAAGUUCUGAUUCAGAUUUGGAAGACGAAGUGGUGAAUGUAUGGUCAUCACCAGCCACCUUAAAACUAUCUCCAUUAUCACAGAAAGGUGUUACAAAAUCACCAUCAUCUGUCAAAAAUUCCAGUUUUCAUAAAACAUCAAGGGCUAUAUCUCCUGCUUCAGAAAAAAGUUGGUCUUCAAAAUAUUCACCGACAGGUUCCACACAUUCACAUACAUCAACUUCUCAUAAGCGUGUUUCAUCCAAGCAUUCAUCUAAAGAAAAAGACAUAUCCAAGCAUUCCAAAGAGUCCAAAUCUCAGAAAUCCACACCCAAAUCUUCCCAUUCAUCAUCAGAAAAGAAAGACAAAGAAUCUUCUAGAAGAUCUGAGAAACAUGCAUCCAAAAAAUCAUCAACACCUUCAUUUACUCCAAACACAGCUCUCACAGAGAAAGCUGAAAAACAUUCGAGAUCACAUUCAAAGGAAAGGGCAAGACCGACAAAGAAUGCUGAUGAUAAGAAAACAAAGGAUGUGAAGUUAUUAACUGACAUAAAAAGUGAAAAGAUUGACUAUAUUCCUAAGUCCCUUGAAAAAACAGAAUUGAAAGAAAAUGUUUGCAAAUCAGAGAAUUCCAAAGAAAAUUUCACAAGUGUAAAACCUGAAAAGUGUAGAACUUUCAGCAUUGAGUCAAAUGAACCAAACUAUCUUAAAAAAGAAUAUCUAUCUGAAGAUGAUGACAUUGAUAAACAGGAUAAUGUGACUGAAACCUAUAACUUUGAAAAUGGUUAUGGACAUUUGGGAACAGCCCCAAAUGGAGAGGAUCUGAUAGAACUUUUGAAAUUACAUGAGAAGUUGGAGUCGAUGCAAGACACUUCAGUGAUUCAGAGAGUGGUGCAAGAAAUUGAAAAGACUGGCUUAUACAAAAUCAGUGAAAAAACUUUUGAUUUUGACCUGUGUGAACUUGACAGUACUACAGUAAAGAAGAUUCAUAAUUUUCUGUGCUCUGUGUAGAUAUGGUCAAGAAAGAAUUUUAUUCAGAAUUGCUCAUAGACUAAGAAUGAUUCUUUAGAAAGGUAAGGAUAUGGGUGUAGAGAAGUUUAAAUCCAUUUUAUCAAUGAUCUCGAGGCUGAAUGAAUUAUUUAUUUAAUGAUGGGAUGACAGUGUGAGUUAUACUUUUAGGCCUGAACAAAAAUAGUUUUUGGUCAUUCACGUCAUUGUUAACAGUUAUUCUGUUUUGUCUCUAAGAGUUGUGAAUUCAGUAUUAUCAUUUUUUUUCAGUGAUGUUCAGGGUUCGACACUAACUUUUUUACGCUUUAGUCCGGCCGGACUAGUGCUUCCUUACUUUUACUAGUCCGCACGCGAUUUUAUGAGUCCGUCAA